CCACACAUCCUGAAGCUGGUCGAAACCUGCCUCUGCUCUCUGUUGCUCUCCCUGAACAGGCAACAAAGCUAGCGCGCAGACUGCCAAAGAAGAUAUCUUCACACGCGCAGUUGUAGGUAGUUUAGCGGUCGAAUUCGGUACAUUCGUGCAAGAAUACCCUUUUGCCACUCGCGUACUUUGAUCGUAUCCGAUCUUCUUUUCCUACAUAUCCGCCCCGAUUUCAUUGAUAGUCACUAUCUGAUCGUCGCGCACAUGGGUAAGAACUCCGUGAAGCCGCGCGCUCUACCAAAAAGUAGAGCUGCGCCAAGCUUCGACGUCAUGGACGACAAUUUGUUGACAUUUGCAGCAUCAGAGGCAGCAUCGAAGGACGAGCCACGUCGCUCGUCAAGGGCCACUAAGGGCCAGAACAGUGACCGAUGGCAGGAAAUUUUGGACGCAUCGCGCGACAACCUCAUCAAUCCAGAGUCCGUCAACGGCGAUGGCGCGACCGACCAAGGCGACAAAAUGACAAACAUUAACGAAGAUGAUGAGAAUGCCGGUGAGGAUGCUAUUCGCUGUGUAUGUGGUCAGAAUGAUGAGGUUGAAGACGAUGACCGCACAUUUGUCCAGUGCGAGACUUGUACUGUGUGGCAACAUGCCCCUUGCGUUGGGCUCAACACUAAAAGGAUGCCUGAUCAAUACUUUUGCGAGCAAUGUAGACCCGACUUGCAUGGAAAGCUGCUGAAGCGCAUGCAGGCUUCUGUUAAGCCCAAGGCGCGUGUCAUGCCAGAUUCCAAGACAAACGAGCGUAAACGCAAACGCAGCAUCAAGGCACAAGCCAACGACGACAAUUUUUCAGAUGAUGGUGUAACAGAUGACGGUGCAUCAGACAACGAGAUUGCUCGCAAGCAGCGAUCUGUUAGCCUGUCAAGUGUCUCAGAUGCAAAGUCUGACUACCAGGAGAACGUCAAGGUGAAGGCUAGGCGGCUCUCUACAACAAAGAAGGAGCCCGUCAAGAAGGCCAAGACUAGUAAGAGCAAGGUGCAACCGGUGUAUCACUCUGGGCCAUUUACGAGCUUGGAUGAGAUUGAAGACGAUACUCGGAAAACCAUUGCCAAGCUAUUGAUCAGAGAUGUGGCCAAGGCGCUUGAGAUGGCCACCUCACAGGAGGGCUAUAAGCUCAAGGCGAAGACGAAAGCCAACGAUGAAGCUGAUAGGAUCGGCUUUGCUGCUGAAUUUGCCUUGCACGAAGCCUUGUUUGAACAAUCCGAUGCAGGUGCCAAGUACAAGAACCAAUACCGCCAGAUUGCCUUCAACCUGAAGGAUCCUAAGAACCCAUCUUUGCGUCGUCGUGUGCUCGAUGGUAGCGUGUCCGUAGCUCAGCUUGCAACCAUGUCGAGCGAAGACAUGGCCAACCCAGAGCUCAAGGCAAUGGCCGAGCAAGUCCGCGAAGAAGGUCUCAAGCAGUCUGUCCUUGUGCAAGAGACCGGUCCACGAAUUAGACGCACGCACAAGGGCGAGGAACUUGUGGAAGGGCCAGAGGUCAACGACUCCAUCACCGAGUCCUCGUCGUUCCCUGUUGGCCGCAGGCAUGAUUCUGACCAAGACUCAUCUUCUCCUGCUGCGUCCCCUUCGCCGAGCAGAGACGGCUCUAGCUCACCAGAAGCAACAAAGAAUUCUCAGUCACCCUCUCUGCCUGGCUCGUCCUUCAAGCACGACCGCAGGCCGUCACACAACACGCCCAUCAUGCCAGAUGUCCUCGACGACGAUGCAGAGUUGCAUGUGCUCAACGAAAUAGCGCAUCCGUCCAAACUCCCUGCUGACCCAGUUUGGCAUGGCCAGAUGGUCAUGCAGCGAAUUAGUAAUUGCAAUGCUCAAGCAACCCUCGUUGGAGCGCCAGACGAAGUGGCCAAUCUCGUUUGGUCGGAGAUUCUCACCUCAGUUGUGACGAUAGAUGGCCGCUUGGACAAAAAGUCGGCAACGCAAUACCUCGUUCAUCAGCGCUACUCACAAAGCAAAAUUGUAGUAGCUGUUAAAAUCGAAGCGCAGCCCGGUGGCAACAACCAAGCAGGCAUCGACGCGCUAUAUCAAUACUUCACAACGAAGAACCGUUACGGCGUCAUCAAGUCUGGACAAAGCAGAAUCAGGGACGGUUACAUUGUUCCUCUAGCCGCGAAUGAAGCCUUGCCAGAAUUUCUCGAUGUCAUGGACAACAAGACAUUGCCAUCACAUGUGACUGAACCGUUGCUGCUUGCUGUCCUUGUGGUUGAGAAACAUCCUGCUGCCAACAGGAAACCAUCUGUGACGGCGCCGGUUCCUGCUGCCAUCCCAGUGGCAGCGCCUGCAGCCCCGUCGAGCGAUCCUGCCAUCCCACGUGCACCCUGGCAGCAGCCCCAGUCCAUGCCCGCUCCGCAGCAACCUGUCGCGCCGACGAAUGACCCGUCGCAACAGCCACAUCAAGUCUAUCUUGCACAGGAACAACAACGUCAGCUGGCAGCAUUCUUGCAAGCCAAUCCCGAAUUGGCGAGCAACCAGCAAAUCAUGUCAUCACCGCCAUUGCUCGCUGCGUUGCUCGAGAAUUGGCUGCGUAGCAAUGGCAUGCGGUAAAUGCGUCUCUGCUUUACGAAAUGAUGCCAUGCACCAAGCAAUCUGUAUAACUAUGUAGCAACCUCUUGAUCCUUAUUAACUAUGCUCUCUCUGUUUGCCGAUAUCAUCGCUUCCGUAAUCAUUGUCCAAAACUUGUCUACUCCGCCUGGAGCGA